UUCACUUUUGAUUCUGACGUUUACUAAUUUUUGCUGUUGAUUUUUGCGCAAUGUUUUUUUUUUGUUUUGUUUUCAAAUUGCUUUUAUGGUAUUGACUACCAUAAACAAAUAAACAAAGAUUAGUGAAAUAUAUACGCCCAAACGAUGAAAUGCUUGCUACGCUUUCAUGGGAGAAAAAACCAAGAUAUACAUGCUUAAUAAUUUAUUCGCAUGGAAGGACACAUUCACACACAAAAAAUUAAAUGCUCAACUAACUGCGCAGACUCUUAAAUGAAAAGGUUUAACCGUCAGCUCCAUUAAUUUUCGUGUAUUCCCUUGGUGAAAUUGGCUAGGGAGUGAUGGAGAGUAUUUCUGCUCUUUUGGAUUUGAUGCGAUUGGCGCGCAUGCAGUUCAUACAGAAAAGUACUUUACCGGAUUGCAUAGAAACUGAGGCAAAUGGCGCAGACGCAGAUGACGUCGAUGCCGGGACACAUAUGUGGAAGGAAAAAACUGUAUCCUACAAAGAUAUAGCCGCAACCGUGAUAUCUAUAUUAAUGCGUGUGAUCACAGUGCUGCUCAAUAUCAAAUUAGCUGUGGAUUAUUAUCAACAAGGACAGCACAACUAUUUCGUGUGGACAGUGGUUUGCAUAGUAGUGCCGAUGCUUGUGACGGCGUUCAUAUAUGCGCAGAUGUGCCAUCAGGAUAACAAAUUUGAAGGCGGAUUCUGGGAGAUAUCUCAAACAAUAUUGCUGGUUAUAUUUUCCUCAUUUUUUCUAAGAUACUGGAACUCGCUCAUUUAUUCAGUAAAAUGCAAACGUUCUGAAUUGCAAGGAAGUCGAGACGAACAAUUAGAGUAUUAUAAAUUAACUGUCAAAGAGGAGAGCGAUGUUGCGUUAAUUCGUUUGUUUGAAUGUUUCAUGGAAACGGCACCGCUGAAGAUACUUUUAAUGUCAAUAAUGUUAACACAGGAAAAUCAAAUCACAGAUACUCAAAUAUGGAGUGUGCUAGUCUAUCUAGUGAAUGUGCCUUGGACAUUGGCCUCUUACAAUCGCUGCAUACGUGCCGUACAACCACUGAAAAACAAACUAAGGUAUUUGUAUAUGGUGCCUCAUCUGUGCUGGCACUUUUGUAUAUCAGUUUCGCGCAUACUUUGCAUCACAUUCGUAACUAUUCUCUUUCCUAUCUGGAUGAUAGUUGCUUGUCUUCUGCAUGCCAUCAUAAUGGGAUUUGUCACAUACAUCAUAGAACGUCCUCAAUUCUCCGGCAUCAUUGGUUUUCAUAAUUUCCUCUUUUGCCUAGCAUUGGGGCUCAUUUAUCUAUUCAUUUACAUUCCAGUCAAGGAUACGCCAACAAGGUACAAAUAUGCGCUGUACUAUGCAAUUUGUUCAGUGGAGAAUAUAAUAUGCGUUGUGCUGUUUAUAUAUUAUGCACCGGAGAACCUCUCCAAAUCGACCGCACUUUUCUACACACUUUGUACUCUAGCUAUUGGCUUUUAUUACGUAGGCAUUUGCUGUAUGUGCAUUUACUAUAUGUAUUUUCAUCCGAAUGUGAAAGCAAGAAAGAACAUAAACCUUAAUAUUUCAAAUGAAUUUUGUAAGCAGAAUUUACCAAAUGAUUUUUAGUGUUAUCAUAAGUAGAUAUACAUAUAUACUUACAUAUGUAUGCAUUCAAAUAUGUUUUCAAACAUAGUCUCAAAUGAUAUUUAAAAUGACUCUCGUCAUUUAUACCGAUUUCAUAUUUAAUAUUUAUAGUCACGUAAACAAUUUUAAUGAAUUUAAAAAGUACCAUCAAAUGUUAUUUAGAUAUACAGUUAAGGAAAAAACUCUACAUACACCCCCUUAUUUUGUAUUUCUAAGAUAUUCGUAAGUUAAAUUAAUAAAGCGCUUGCAUUAAUAUUUAAAGGACCAAAAACAAAGUUUAUUUACAAAACAAAAAGCUAAUUCAAAAGCAAAACAAUAACCAUAACAAUUCAUGAGAAAAAAGUCUACAUACUGUGUUAAAAAUCGAAUACAAUAUUUGAUUUCUUUUAAAUAAAUAAAAGAAAACAAUAUAUUUUUAAUAUUUUGUAGGACCACUGGCUGCAAUAACCGCCUGAAGACGACGUGGCAUAGAUAUCACCAAAUUCUCCGUAAUACUGGGCGCAAUUUCCGACCGAGUUAGGGUAGUUUUCAGUGUUUCACGACUUCUGAUAUCACAAUUGCGGGCACAUUUUUCCAAAACGUCCCAAAUAUGCUCAAUUGGAUUGAGGUCUGGUGACUGGGAGGUGUUUUGAGCUGUCUUGGUGCAUGAUAAAGAAGCCAGUCUCGAACAAUAUGCGCAGUAUGCUUGAGGUCUUGUCUUGUUGGAAAAUCCAUUGGUUUCCUAGGCCCAAGCUUUCCACAGAUGGCUUCAGAUUUUGUUCCAAUAUUGUCUUAUACUGAUAUCUGUCCAUAAUGCCUUCAACAAAAACCAAUCGACCAACUCCAGAUGCCGCCAUAGCUCCCCACAGCAUAACACUACCCCCACCAUGUUUCACAGUAGGUAUAAUAUUUUUGGGAUCAAGUGCAGUAUUCGGUUUUCGCCAAACCUUGUUUCGGCCGUCAUUCCCGAAAAUAUUAUACUUACUUUCAUCAGUAAAUAUAACUUUUUUCCAAAAAUCCAUUCCUUUCUGUAAAUGUACCUUAGCAAAAUCCAGGCAAAGUUGACGAUUCUUGGCUGAAAUAAAUGACUUUUUGCGUGCUGUUCUACUUUUAAAGCCGCUAUCAUGCAAAAUGUUUAUUACGUUCUUGAUGAAACAGUAAUAUUCGAACAUCUUGCAAGAUAUUCGGCUAGUUUUGAGGCACUUGUUUUUGGAUCUUUGUGGACUUCUUUAAGGACACUACUGACAUCGCGUCUUGAAAGCUUCUUCGGCCUUCCAGAUCUUGGCUUGUUUUCGGUACUGUUGGUUUUUUUUAUAGUUUUUGACAAUAGUUUGCACUGUAGAGCGACUUAAUUUUACUAUUUCAGCAAUUCCCCCGUAAGAUUGUUUUCUUUUCGAAAAUUAACCAUUAAAUUUCGAACUUAUUGCUGAAUUUCUUUUCUAUUUGCCAUUUUUUAAGUUAAAACGUGCUUUACAAAUCGCUUUCUGAAUUUAAAUAAUUGUAAUGUUUGACAGAUAAAGCAAAUCAAGAAAACUAACGGGUUUUUUCACUUUAAAUUCUUUUUUUUCCUAUGUAUUUUAAGAGUUGCCAAAGCUGUAUGUAGACUUUUCCCACCGAUUUCUAUGUUUAUCGCCAAUAGUUUAUAAAUUACCAAUAUUUUCAAACUUUUUUUUUCUUCCAACAUUCUUAACUAUUAAUGUCGUAAGCAUUGACAUCGAAAUUAUGUUGAAUAUUAUCACUAGUUCUAUAGAAGUUCAAAAUAGUAGGGUGUAUGUAGAGUUUUUUCCUUAACUGCAAAUGUUUGU